AUGAAGGUGAAAGGGUAUGAGCGGGUCGAGCCUGUUCUUGCAGAGUUUGAGCGGCGGCUGAAGGAGAUCGGUAAGGACAAGAGCAAGAGCCUAGGCAAGGGCCAAGGCAAGGAAGAUCUGUGGCGGAUAGUGCAGAUCCACAGCGAGCGGUCGCGGUAUGUGUAUACCAUGUACUACAAGCGGCGUGCGAUCUCGCGGGAGCUUUACGAGUGGCUGCUGAAGAAGAAGGUAGCCGACCGGCGGCUGAUUGCGAAGUGGCGGAAGCGCGGCUACGAGAAGCUGUGCUGCCUGCAGUGUGUACAGCAGAGCGAGACAAACCACGGGAGCACCUGCAUCUGCCGUGUGCCCAGGCUGCAGCUCGAGGCCGAGGCCGAGAAGAAAGGCGUCCCGGUCAGCUUCAAGGAGUGUGUGAACUGCGGCUGCCACGGCUGCGCCAGCACAGACUGA